AAUUAUUUAGUGGCCUUAUUUUGUACUUCUGCUGGGAAAAAUCUGGAAGAACUUGGAUCGGACGAGGAACAAGUUAUAUCAUUUGUGUACCUGUUAUACGAUGUCACUAAUAAUAAGGUGAUCGCCUUACAACAUCAUUAUGUUAAGCCACAACCAAAUGAAUUAUCAGAAACACUUCUCACAGAAGACUGUAAGGCAGAAACAGGCAUCGAUGAAAAUAUGAUAAAAAAUGGCCAGUCUUUGGAUCACGUCUUUGAGGAGUUCGAACGAUUUUUAUACGCUAAAGGUGUGCAUACAGAUCACGGAGGAAAAUCGUUUUGUUUUGUUACUGAUGGACCCAAUCAUAUACGACAGUGUCUUCAUCCAGAAACGUGCAAUAAAAACAUUACUCUGCCUUCAUAUUUCAAUAAAUACUACGAUUUAAGGAAGGAAUUCAAGAAGUUCUACAAAACAGAUACUAUCAAAAAUAUCAAAGCAAUGUUGGACUAUUUAGGAUUAGAAGGUGACCAGUCUGUAGAAUAUGGAGUUAAACAAUGUCAAGAAAUGGCCAGUAUUGUCCAUCGACUAGUCAAUGAUGGGCAUGUAUUUGGUGAUUCAGAUAUCGUCAGUGAAAGAUUGGAACCUGGAAUAUGUAGUAAGAAUGAGUUUGUAGAUGAUAAUACAGUAGUUAGAGCUCGAGGUCUACCAUGGCAAUCAUCAGAUCAAGAUAUAGCCAGAUUUUUCAAGGGUCUCAAUAUAGCAAAGGGUGGAGUUGCACUCUGUCUCAGUCCCCAGGGUAGAAGAAAUGGUGAAGCUCUAGUUAGAUUCGAAUCAGAAGAACACAGAGAUUUAGCUUUACGUCGACAUAAACAUCACAUAGGUCAGAGAUAUAUAGAAGUAUAUAAAGCAACAGGAAAAGAUUUUAUCAAUGUCGCUGGUGGUAAUAACACUGAAGCUCAAGCUUUCCUCUCUAGAGGUGGUCAAGUCAUUAUCAGAAUGCGAGGUUUGCCUUUCACAGCAACAACCCAACAAGUGCUCGACUUCUUUGCAAGAGAACCAAAUCAAUGCACAGUGCUCGAUGGUGAAGAUGGUAUACUCUUUGUCCAUUAUCCAGAUGGUAGAUCAACGGGUGAUGCGUUCGUGUUAUUCUCAUCCGAGGAAGAAGCUAACAAGGCUCUGAAGAAACAUCGGGAUAUAAUGGGCACACGGUAUAUUGAACUGUUUAAGAGCACAACUGCUGAAGUGCAACAGGUCCUAAACAGAAGUAUGGAUCCUCGUAAUCCAGAACAACCAGAGAGUCAGUUAUCACCACUAAUAGCACAGAUACCACAACAAGCUACGUUACCCAUACUUCCUCAGAAUUAUAUUACCAGUGGAACACGUCGGGAUUGCGUUAGGUUACGGAAUUUACCGAGUGGAGCUCAAGUAACUGAUAUUUUAACGUUUUUAGCGGAAUACUCUCAGUUCAUCGUGUAUCAAGGCGUGCACAUGGUUUACACAUCGCAGGGCGAAGCUAGUGGUGAAGCAUUCAUACAAAUGGAGUCCGAAGAAGCAGCUGUGCUAACGUCUAUCAACAGACACAGAAGGCAGAUGAUCUUUGCUAACAAAAAACGUAUCAUAGAUGUCAUACCAUGCUCUGGAGAUGACAUGAGUUUAGUGCUAACCAAUGGUAUGCCAAUGACGCAGGCUCUUCCACCAGCAGGUAUUCCUUCUGCUGCUAUGCCUCCAACUGCUUUGCCUCCUGCAGUUACUCCA